AUGCGCAAAUGCGGCGCCGGCGCGGGGCGGGGCAUGUUGUGCGCGCGCGCGCCGGCGCUCCAGUUCCGCCUCUCCGGGGUCGUGCUCCCGGAACCGCAGGCCUCGGUCGCCGAGGCGGUGUCAUCCCUGACCAUCGCCGACGCCUUCACCGCGGCGGGCGAGAGCCCCGCCCCGCCGCCCUCCGCGCUCAGUAGGAGGUUCAUCUGUUCCUUCCCCGACUGCAACGCCAAUUACAACAAGGCGUGGAAGCUAGACGCGCACCUGUGCAAGCACACGGGGGAGAGACCGUUUGUUUGUGACCGUGAAGGGUGUGGCAAAGCCUUCGUCAGGGACUACCAUCUGACCCGCCACGUCCUGAUUCACACUGGGGAAAAGCCAUUUGUUUGUACAGCUAGUGGCUGUGAUCAGAAAUUCAACACAAAAUCAAACUUGAAGAAACAUUUUGAACGCAAACAUGAAAAUCAGCAAAAACAAUAUGUAGGAGCAGGGGUUCUCAGCCUGGUGGCCGUGGGCAGGGGACAAGAUGAAGUAGACCCGUGUCCUUCCUCGGCCUCCAGUACAGAAGGCACCGCCUCCCAGACCGCCCCCCCUGCCGGAGACUUUCCGGCCGCUAACUGCACGGCGGCUCCUCCCCGACCCGGGACCCCGGCUCCCGUGCGUCUGCCAGGCCACCGAGCUUCUGCGCUGCAGAAAAGACUCGGGCUGCGACUAAGGGAGAAAAUAAGACCCCAGAGGAAACGCUGCGGACGACAGCGGACACUGUGCAAAGCACCGCAGCUGGAAGAAUCAGUCCGGCAAAGUCUCACUAGGCACGCUGUUGUGCAUGACCCUGACAAGAAGAAAAUGAACCUCAAAGUAAAACCGUCUCGUGAAAAACGGAGUUUGGCCUCUCGUCUCAGUGGAUACAUUCCUCCUAAAAAGAAACAAGGACAAAGCUCAUCUCUGCCUACAAACGGAGAGUCACUGAACUGUACUGAAGGCAGGGUGCUCUCGACGGUCGCGAUACUUACCCUCAACUGAACACCAGACUGCUUUGCCUAAAGGACCACAGACCAGC